AUGGCCGCCAACAUCAAGGAAGCACAGCCUACAGUUACCUCAACUUCGCUGAAGAAAGGCAGUGUUGACGAUGCAUGGUCAUUCCUCCACAAGCACAACAACGACGAUUUGACAUCGAACAUCGUGGAUAUCAAAGCGUUGCGUCGAAAAGUGGACUGGCGUAUCGUGCCGCUGAUGUUCGGUUGCUACACCAUGCAGUUCCUCGACAAGGUCAUACUCAACUACGCAGCUGUCAUGGGCAUCCAAAAGGACCUCCGUCUUGUAGGCAAUGACUUCUCGAACAUUGCAACGUUCCUCUUCGUUGGUCUACUUUGCUUCGAAGCCCCAAACAUCUACUUCCUCCAGAUGGUUCCUGCCGCCAAAUGGCUCGGCGUCAAUGUCGUCCUCUGGGGCGUUGCAACCGCCAGCGGUGCCGCAGCCACAUCUUACCGCACGCUCCUAGUCUCCCGCAUCUUCCUGGGUAUCUUCGAAGCCACCAUUGGUCCCUCCCUCCUCCUCAUCAGUUCGCAGUGGUACUCCAAAUCCGAGCAAGCGCCCCGCUUCUCAUUCUGGUACUGCGGCCUCGGUUUUGGACAAAUCAUCGGUGGCGCCAUUUCUUAUGGCUUUCAACACGUAGCACCUGGAGCUGAACUUGCUGGAUGGCGCGUCAUGUUCGUUGUGCUCGGGUGUAUGACCGUCGUCAUUGGACUACUGACGCUGUUGCUUGUGCCAGAUACGCCGAUGCAAGCACGCUGGCUCACUGACGCGGAGAAAGUCGCGCUGCUGAAGCACGUCAGCGUGAACCGGACUGGUAUUCAGAGCAGGACCUUUCAGCCUAAGCAGAUUUUGGAGGCAUUGACGGAUCCGCAGUUGUACUUGAUGGUUCUUGCUGUGAUCCUGCUGUCUGUAUCCAGCGGCGUCGUAACCACAUACUCAGCAACACUGAUCCGGAACCUAGGCUACAAGCCCAAGCAAGCCGCUCUGAUGAACAUGCCAUCAGGAGUCGUCAGCAUCUUCUUCACCAUCCUGGUCGGUGUCGGCAUACGAAAGCAGUCGAAUAGGUGGCUAUGGAUUAUCUGCUGCAUUAUCCCAGCCAUCCUCGGUGGAGCCCUAAUGUCCUUCCUUCCCGUCUCCAACCGGCGCGGCUGCCUUGCUGGCAUCUACCUCGUCAACGCCGUCGUCGCCCCCCUACCCGUCCUCUACGCCUGGACAGCAGCCAACAUCUCCGGAUCUACUAAACGCGCCUUCGCCGCCGCCAUCGUAUCCGGCUCCUUCAGCAUCGGUAACAUCAUCGGCCCGCAGACUUUUCAGGUGAGAGAUGCGCCGGAUUAUCGACCUGCGAAGCUGGCUGUUAUGGGUACGCAGGCGGGUUGUGCGUUGGUUACGGUGGUGUUAUAUGGGUAUUAUCGGUGGCAGAAUAAGAGGAGGGAUGCGAAGAGGGGCGAGGUGAGGACGGGGGAGGAGGAGUUUAUGAGGAAGGAAGUUUGGGGGACGGGGACGGAUCGGGAAGAUGGAGAAUUCAGGUAUUGCUAUUAG